GAUUGCACAAGCAGAUCGUCCUCUUCCUGCGUCCACCUCGCGCCGUGGCGGCCGUGCUGUGCAGGCGUGCACAACCAACGCCACGCCGCGAAAACAAACCGGCCGAGACAUGGACACACCACGCCGCGCGUCCGUGUACCCGCGUAUCCUCGGUCUCGUGCUCGUGCUGCUCCGCGCGGCCGCGCAGCCCCCGCCGGCGGGCGAGGCGCGGCUGCUGCUCGAGAUCAAGCGCGCGUGGGGCGACCCGCCCGUGCUCGCGGGGUGGAACGCCACGGCCGCGGCCGCGCUCUGCAGCUGGCCGCACGUCGGGUGCGACGCGUCCGGGCGCGUCGUGAACCUCACUCUCGCGAACGCUAACGUCGCGGGGGCCUUCCCUGACGCCGUCGGCAACCUCUCCGGCCUCACGUACCUCGACGUCUCCAACAACAGCAUCAGGUCCGUGUUCCCGAGCGCGCUGUACCGCUGCGCUUCGCUUCAGUACCUCAACCUCUCCCAGAACUACUUCGGCGGUGUGCUCCCGGCAGAAAUCGGCAGCGGCCUCGCCGCGAGCUUGACCACGCUGGACCUCGACGGCAACGAGUUCAACGGCACCAUCCCGGCGUCGCUCUCCCGGCUCCGGAACCUCGAGUAUCUCGCGCUGAACAGCAACCGCUUCACCGGUAUCAUCCCAGCGGAGCUCGGCGAGCUCGCGAGCCUGCAGGUGCUGUAUCUGGAUAACAACCCGUUCAACGCAGGCCAGCUGCCGGCGUCGUUCAAGAAUCUGACCAACCUGGUCAGCCUCACGGCGUCGCAGUGCAAUCUCGUCGGGGACUUCCCGAACUUUCUUUGGAGCCUGAAGAAGCUGCAACAAUUGUAUCUGUACACGAACAACAUCACCGGCGACAUGGUCGUUGAUGGAUUUGCGGCGAGAAGCUUGACAGAAAUCGACGUCUCAGAAAACAAAAUUAGUGGAGUCAUCCCUGAAGUGUUUGGGGGAUUGGAGAACCUCACACUCUUGAACCUCUUCAUGAACAACUUCUCCGGCGAGGUACCAGCCAGCAUCGGCCAGUUGCCGUUACUGAGGAUAUUGAGACUCCACACCAACAGGCUCAACGGCACGCUCCCACCGGAGCUCGGAAAGCAGUCGCCGGGUUUGUAUUAUGUUGAGGUUGACUACAAUGAGUUCACCGGCGUGAUCCCGGAAGGGCUGUGCACCGGAGGCAACUUACAGUACCUCACCGCCAAGAGCAACCGAUUGAACGGCUCCAUCCCGGCAGGCCUUGCCAACUGCACCACUCUGGAAACCCUGUCGCUGGACAAUAACCAGCUCUCCAGCGACGUGCCAGAGGCUCUCUGGACGGCAACGCAGCUUUACUUCGUGACACUACAGGGUAACCAGCUCACCGGAAGUCUUCCUGCGACGAUUCUUCUCAACAUUUCGACGUUACGCAUUGGGAACAACCAAUUCAGUGGCAACAUUCCGGCUGCAGUAGCUGCUCUCCAGGUGUUCACCGCCGAGAACAACCGGUUUUCUGGUGCGAUACCGACGAGUCUUGGCGACGGCAUGCCGCUGCUGCAAAGACUCAGCUUGUCCGGGAACCAACUGUCCGGCGGGAUCCCGAGAAGCGUUGCUAAGCUAAGCCAGCUGACGCAAAUGGACCUGAGCAGGAAUCAGCUCACCGGCGGCAUACCGGCAGAGCUCGGCGCCAUGCCGGUGUUAAGUGUCCUUGACCUGUCGUCGAACAAGCUCUCCGGCAACGUACCGCAGGCGCUUGCGAAGCCACAACUCACCUCCCUGAACCUGUCCUCGAACCAGCUGAGCGGUAAGGUCCCGGCCGGGUUCGCCACAGCGGUCUACGACACCAGCUUCCUCGACAACCCCGGCCUCUGCACCGCCGCUGCGGGAUCCGGCUACCUCACUGGCGUCCGCUCCUGCGCCGGCGGAUCACAAGACGGCGGUUCCUCCGGAGGCGUCUCGCACGCGCUCCGCACAGGCCUCCUCGUCGCCGGCGCCGCGCUCCUCCUCAUCGCCUCGGCGUUUGCCUUCUUCGUCGUCCGCGACGUCAAGAAACGGCGGCGCGUCGCGGAGCAAGACGACUGGAAGAUCACACCUUUCGUCAAAGAUCUGGGAUUCGGUGAGGCACCCAUACUCCGGGGCCUGACGGAGGAGAACCUCGUCGGGCGCGGGGGAUCGGGGCGCGUGUACCGCGUCGCCUACACUAACCGGCUUAACGGCAGAGCCGGCGCGGUGGCCGUGAAACAAAUACGGACCGCCGGGAAGCUCGACCAGAAGCUGGAACGCGAGUUCUCGUCGGAGGCUGGCAUCCUCGGCAGCCUCCGGCACAACAACAUCGUCAGGCUCUUGUGUUGCCUCUCCAACGCCGAGUCCAAGCUCCUCGUGUACGACUACAUGGACAACGGCGGCCUGGACAGGUGGCUCCACGGCGACGCCCUCGUCGCUGGCGGGCGCCCGAUGGCGAGGGCGCGGUCCGCGCGGCGCGAGCCGCUGGACUGGCCGGCGAGGCUCGGGGUGGCCGUCGGCGCCGCGCAGGGGCUGUGUUACAUGCACCACGAAUGCGAGCCGCCCAUCGUUCACCGCGACGUCAAGGCGAGCAACAUCCUGCUGGACUCGGAGUUCCGGGCCAAGAUCGCCGACUUCGGGCUGGCCACGAUGCUGCUACAGGCCGGGGCGCCCGAGACGAUGUCCGCCGUCGCCGGAUCGUUCGGCUACAUGGCUCCUGAGUGUGCUUACACCAAGAAGGUGAGCGAGAAGGUUGACGUCUACAGCUUUGGCGUCGUCCUCCUGGAGCUCACCACCGGCAAGGAGGCCAACUACGGCGGCGAGCACGGCAGCCUGGCGGAAUGGGCACGACACCACUACCAGUCAGGAGGGAGCAUCCCCGACGCCACAGACAAGAGCAUCAGAUACGCAGGGUACUCCGACGACAUCGAGGUUGUUUUCAGGCUAGGCGUGCUCUGCACCGCAGAGAUGCCAUCGUCGCGGCCAACUAUGAACGACGUGCUGCAGAUCUUGGUCAAGUGCAGCGAGCGGACGCACCAGAAGGGCAAGACGGAGCGUGGCCCGGAGUAUGAGGCUGCCCCGCUACUUUCCAACGGCUCGGGGAUUGAGAUUGAAGAGAAGAUCGACUUCGACCGCAUUGUCUGAAGAAAGGAACCGACCACUGCACAGGCCAGUAAACAACCUUCGACAGCAUCAGAGAACGGCUGUAGUGAUACUUAGCACAUUUUAGCAGAGUGCAGCGAGGGCUAUAGUUGUCACAAGACCUUGACCCUGCACUAGGUCGUUAGUGCAGGCAUGGUAUAGAUCAGGGCUUGUGGCGAACCAAACCGUUUCUGUGUUUUGACACUGCAAACUUGUAUUAUUAAAUCACAGACACAUUAGACUAGUCAGACAGAAGAACCAGCAAAUGUGAUGAUUUCCUUUUGAAACAAAGGCAGAAGAUGGGGUUCUGCAUGUCUACAUCCACCUGUUUAUUGUAAAAGCACUGGUUGGUUGGGAUAUGGCAUCAUAAUACAAACUUGGAGUGAUAAGGAAAAUGAAGCUGGAAGGAAGGGCUACUGCCCCCAAGAACUCCAUUGGAGCUGGAGGAGGAGGAGGAGGAGAGGGAAAAGAAGAAGAAGAAAAGAUGAA